AUGAUCCAUCUAACCGUUCCCUCGAUCGUUCCUUCGUUGAGAAAAAACAGGAACUUUUUGAUGGAUAUCAACGAAAGCCAUGUGUAUGUUCUUUUGAACCCUUUGAUCAAUCAUGCACAAAAGGAUCUUCCAGUAAAUAUCUAUGAAAGUGAGUUGCAUGUGACUGAUGGGAUUUCAAAGCUUAUUUUUGUACGCUCCAGCUACACUAUAGAGAUACAAAAUGCUUUCAGUUGGGAGAUUGGUGUGUGUAUUGAGCCUGAAAAAUUGCAAUUGGUGUCUCCUUUGUCAAGUUUAGGGGAGUUUGAGCUUAUUAAGUUGAAUCUCCAACCUGAUGCAAAAGGCUCUUAUGUGGAAGUUCUAGAAAGGGUUGAUGAAAGCGAAUAG